UGGCGGGGUCCGGCGGGUGGGCGCGGCCACAGCUCCAUCUUCCACCGCAGGCUGGUCGGUCUUGCUCCCUGGCCAAAUGGCGCCGCGGCCGCUGGGCCCCUUGGUGCUGGCUCUGGGUGGCGCCGCAGCCGUGCUGGGCUCGGUGCUCUUUAUUCUCUGGAAAACUUACUUCGGCCGCGGCCGGGAGCGGCGCUGGGACCGGGACGAGGCCUGGUGGGGCGCGGACACGACCCGCCUCCCUCAGUGGGACGUGUGGGAGCCCGAGGAGGAGGAAGAUGAGCCGGCCUUGGAGGAGCUGGAGCAGCGGGAAGUGUUGGUGCUGGGCUUGGACGGCUCGGGGAAAAGCACGUUCCUGCGCAUGCUGGCCGGGAAGCCACCGGUGGAAGGCCACGUCCCCACCUGGGGCUUCAACUCUGUUCGGCUGCCUACCAAGAAUUUCGAGGUGGACCUGUUAGAGAUUGGUGGUAGCCAGAACCUGCGCUUCUACUGGAAGGAGUUUGUCAAUGAGGUGGAUGUGCUGGUGUUCAUGGUGGACUCGACCGACCGGCUAAGGCUGCCCUGGGCUCGGCAGGAGCUGCAGAAGCUGCUGGACCGGGAUCCGGAUCUGCCUGUUGUUAUAGUGGCCAACAAGCAGGACCUGAGCGGGGCCAUGAAUAUGGUGGAGCUGCAGCAGGAGCUGGGCCUCCUUGCUAGUUACAACCAGAGGGAGGUUUUCCUCUUGGCAGCCAGCAUUGCCCCUGCAGGAUCUGGCUUUGGGGAACCCGGCACUGUGCACAUCUGGAAAUUGCUCUUGGAACUUCUCUCCUAAGCUGGACCCACCUACCCGCUGCCCAGCCUUGGAGACCACAGUUCUGCCUUCUCCCGCAUCGUUGUUGCUAGCCUAGGCGUUGGGCAGAAGCAUCAUAGCAACGCUUCCUCUCUCCCUCAAGAGCAAGGCCAAGUCCACGCAGAAGCCUUCCCAGUGAGGUAGAUGCGGGGCUGGGGCAGGGAGGACCCCCGUAGUGUAGCUCCAGCUUCCCUUGCUUUGCCUUCUUGCGGUUCGAUGCUCAGCAGGCUCAGUGCCCCUUCCUGCAGGUCCCACUGCUUGCAGAGCAGUGUGGAUAACACAGGUACUUCUGAGCCUUCGUCUCCCAUCUCAUGGUUCACUCCUGGUGACAUGGUACAUUUUCCAUGCGGAAAGGUCCUGGGUAUAGCACAGCAAGUCCUCGCUCCUAGCCCUUCAUUGUUCUCCAGCUCAUGCUCGCUCUGUCUGUGGCCUUGCGUUCCUGCCUUUCUAGCCCCUGGGCCAUUAUUUUUAAAGUGAGAUGAUUUCCAUGUUUUUUUUUUUUUUUCUAAAUGCCAUUCCUCGCAGUGCCAAACCUGAAAACCUUAGCAAAGAAUCCUCUCAACACCUCCUCACUGUUACUAUGGCUUGGCCUUUAACGACCACAAAGUGCAGUUCACUGAACAGGGUGAAGGGUGGGUUUGCCCAGGUCUGGAGACAACCUGCUGCUUUUGUACUAACUGUGCCAACGCCCAUGUUUACAUAAGCCUAAAGGAAGGUGCCUGGAACAAGACUGGAGCUGGGGUAGGGUGUCAGCCUCAGAAUGGCAUGUUAUUUAUUUAUUUAUGUAUUUAUCAAAGGAAUGGGCCAAAGUUCUAGGUUCUGUUUCUAGGUGCUGUAAUGAAAACCCUAGGAGACUGUCAGAAAAGUUGAUGCUUUGAGAACUGUUUGGAAUUAUGAUUGAGAUUAGGUAACCUAUGGGUGUCAAUGGAGACACAGAACUGUAGCUUUCCCCACCCCCAAACUGGCCUUGAGGCCAUGACUGGAAGCAAGUACCUCAAGGAGACCUAGUACUCAUGGUCCAGGACAUAGGACAGGACUAGAAGAGCCAUCAGAAUGACUCUUCCUGUGCCCACAGUGGGCACAUCACCAAGCCUUCUGGGACCAUUUAUUUGCCAGCCCAAAACAAGACUGAAAUUCUGUAUUCCCUGAACAUUCCACGACUGUGAUCAACAGAUGCAAAGCUGGACCCCAUGUUAUGCUGGUGCAAACAAAAAAGCCUUGGUCUGCCAGGGACACUGAAUGACAACAGCACCAGUGUCACUCUGUAGCUCAGGCUGGCCUUGAAUUGAUGGCACUUGUCCUUGCUCAGCCUCCUGUGCUGGGAUCACAAGAAGCACUGUGCCAUCACGCCUGGCGUUCAGUCUGCUGUUUGAGAAGCACUAUGCUGUUUGCCAGUUGCCCAACAUGCAGCCCGGAACGUGGAAAGCGUCCGAGUUAACGUGAGCACAAUCAUCAGAGGGGGGGCGUGGCGUGCUGUGCCCUUGGACUCGAGCCCACAAGAACAGAAUUAAUACAGGACACAUCACUCAUUACAAGGGAUUGUCCUGCUUUUGUAUUAAAUAUUUAAAGAAUAACUAGGAUUUUAAAGUAGUUGAAAUUUUGUUGGUCAUUGUAUGUCUGUUCUGAGGAUUCCACCUCACUCCCCAGUGCUAAAGCUUACCUUACAACCAGACUUGUUGAGAGAAUUUCUUUUUCCUAACUGAAAAGACCUUUGUCUAAUGAGUUUCAUCAUGUACAAUUGUCAUAUUGUCCAAGGGGGGGUUAAGAAUAAACAA